UCGAUGACUGGACGGCUGCGUGGCGUAGGCGUGUCUCCUUUACCAGGUAGGGCGUGUAGAAAAGAUGUUUCGAGGCGGCGCGUAAACAGUUCGAGUGAAGAUGGCGUCUGUCAAAAAGAAAGGAAGCGGAGUUGAAAAAGGUGUGAAUGGAAGACGUUCGUCCAAGCAUAAAGAAGGGCCAGUUGUGAUGGACACCAGGGCGAUUUUCGCGGCGGUCCACGCGGUGUGUGAGGAGAACGUCGCCUUCUUCUCAGGCGGCGCCAAGGGGUCCCAGGGGGAUGCGGCCCGCAGGCUGGUGGACUCCAUGACCCUCAUCCAGGAGCACGCUCGGGGCCUGGAGCCCGUCAUCCACGGCUUCACCUCCGUCUACCACCACUUUGACUUCGACCCGCACAUACCCGCCAAUGGCUACCGCUCCCUGGUCAAGGUGGUGCGCUGCUGCAUUCUCCACAUCAUCCACAAGGGGCGCUACAUCAGCAGCAACCGCCGCAGCAUCUUCUUCCGUGCGGCGCACAAUGCGGGGGAGAUGGAGGCCUACUGCAGCGCCCUGUGCCAGCUGCGCGCCCUGCUCUACCUGGCCCAGCGGCUGCUGCACGACAACAGCUACGGAAACCUCUUCCUCCAGGACGAGAGCGGCCUCAGCCAGAGCUUUGUGCGGGAGUACGCCUCCAUGCACAAGGGCUGCUUUUACGGCCGAUGCCUGGGAUUUCAGUUCAGCCCGGCAAUCCGGCCCUGUCUGCAGACCAUCGCCAUCGGCCUAGUGGCGUUCGGAGAGAACUACAAACGACACCAGUCGGGAAUAGUGGAGGCAGGCAGUAUUGCACCCUAUGGCGUAGCCGCCAGCUCGUUCUUCACCUCAGGGAAGUACGCCAUCGACCCUGAGCUCCGGGGGGCCGAGUUUGAGCGCAUCACACAGAACCUGGACGUGCACUUCUGGAAGUCCUUCUGGAACAUCACAGAGACAGAGGUGCUGUCGAGUCUAGCCAGCAUGACCUCAACGACGGUCAAGGUUAACCGAGCCCUCUCUGUGCCGCCCGUGCCCUUUGACCUCCCCCUGGUAGACAACCCGAAUGUCUCGGUGAACAUAGCUGCGCCUUCGGCUCACAUUGGCCCAGCCCCUGUUCAGAUGAGGCUCAUAUCCUACGACCUCCGCGAAGGACAGGACAGUGAGGCGCUGCUGUCCCUCACCCGCUCUGAAGGGGGCGCCAUGUCCCUGUCACUGGGACUCAAGACCAAGCACCUCCCGCCGUCCCCGUGCCUGCUCAUCCACUUCCAUGGUGGGGGCUUCGUGGCGCAGACCUCCAAGUCCCACGAGCCCUACCUGAAGAGCUGGUCCCAGGACCUGGGGGUCCCCAUCCUGUCAGUGGACUACUCCCUAGCCCCGGAGGCCCCCUUCCCCCGAGCCCUGGAGGAGUGCUUCUAUGCCUACUGCUGGGCCCUCAAGAACCACCACCUGCUGGGCUGGACGGGGGAGACUGUGUGCCUGGCGGGGGACAGCGCCGGAGGGAACCUUAGCGUGACCACGUCGAUGCGUGCGGCGGCACACGGCGUGCGCAUGCCCGACGGCAUCGUGGCGGCAUAUCCUGCCACCCUGCUCACCGCCUACGCCUCGCCAUCCCGCCUCCUCACCCUCAUGGACCCCCUGCUGCCGCUCAGCGUGCUCUCCCGCUGUCUGGCCGCCUACGCAGGCAGUGCAGAGCAGACGGAGCGACCCGUGGAGAAGGUCAGCACACUGGGCAUGGUAAGGAGGGACACGGCCCUGCUGCUCCGGGACUUCAAACAGGGGGCCUCCAACUGGAUCCAGUCCCUCCUCGACCCCAACAAGACCUCCACCCCCGCCAUCACUGGCCAGACCGCCGAGGGCCCAGCAGCAGACCCUGACGCGGUGAGGAAGAGUGUAUCGGAGGCGUCCAUGGCCUCCCGCCACGCCGACCCCCCCGUGCCUCCGGAGACGACAGACUUCUCCUUCAGGAAGCAGUCUCUGAAGAGCCAGACCUGCCAGGACCUCAGCUCCCAGCGAAACCCAGACUCCCACAAUGCAUCUUUGCUCCUGGAACGCACACCGGAGGACGUGAGCUUCUUCCUGGCCGAUAAGAUGGACCCGUCGUUCAGCCUGGCCCUCUCCUCCGUGGCCAUAGCGCCCCCCACUGUCCUGGAGGCCGACGGCUCGGAGCCAGAGUUCCCCAGGGAGUUCCCGGUGGGCUUUGAGCCACUGCGCUCGGACCAGCCGUCCAACAUGACCAUGCAGAGCUCCCCGGUGGUCCUGGACCCCUACUGCUCCCCGCUGCUCGCCCCCGACAGCAUGCUGAGAGGACUGCCCCCCGUGCACAUAGUGGCGUGUGCUCUGGACCCCAUGCUGGAUGACUCUGUGAUGUUCGCCAAGCGCCUGCGCGGCGUCGGCCGGCCCGUGACCCUGUGCGUGGUAGACGACCUGCCGCACGGCUUCCUCAGCCUGUCGCAGCUGUCCCGCGAGACCCGCGAGGCGGCGGACAUCUGCGUGGCCCGCAUCCGCGCAGUCUUCACCCACGAGGCGGGCAGCGCCGACGCCACCGUCACCACACCGCCGUCGGAGCCACGCAAGCACCGCAAGCUGGAGAGGACCCACAGGGCCUCCACCCUCCCCACCGACGACGGUGGUGGUGGUGGUGGUGGUGGUGGUGGCGGUGACGGUAGGCCCGCAACUCCCACCCUAUCCACGGGGAACAGCGUCUCCGUCGAGGGCGGAGGGGACGAGCCGGCUGAGGUCUCGGAGGUCUCAGAGGUGGGAGAGGGAACGGCGGCGGCGGUGCCGAGCCAGAGCGGAGCCGAGGCCGGCGGCAUCGGGGCGUAGAGGGGCCGUGGGGGGGGGAUCGGAGAAAAUACUUCUCCAAACCCUGCAGGUUGGGGAGGUAGAGUUGAGAGUAAAGCUCAGUUUUGAAUGAUGGAACAAAAAAGGCAGAGGGCCCCCUGAUGCAGGACGCCCUCCCUCUGUUUUGAAAAUUCUCUUGCAACCUGUCGUUGCUCCGCCUCGCUGAAGUUCAGCAGCCCGGCCAACAACAAGUAAUGCUGUAGACCGCCCCGCUCUUAUAACAAUUGAUGUUUUCCCUCAGAUAGAAGAGUUCUCUAGCAGCUGCACACAAACGGGCACGCAUAUGUCUGCACGCACACGCACAUAGCACACACACACACACACACACACACACAUACACAAUCUUUGCCUUUAGACGGGGGAGACUCUUGAGACGGGUGCGUCCGAGUGUUUGUAAGUGGAGGCCGGAGCAGACGAUUCGUCUGGGCCGUGGCAUUUGUGUCCUAAUCAGGUAUCACUGGACAACGGAGCAACGGAGACAUCGCUCCGCCUAAACGGCCGCUUGUCCAUUGGGAUGUCAUUCUAAAUCACACUUAAUAACGUCACAUGGGCUGUGUGUUAUGCCCUUUUGGCAGUUAAUACGGCCCACUGUGUGGCUAGUUGAUCGGCUCCCUCUUCUCUAAAUAGAAUUACCAGGCUAAACAACAUCUAACUUAUGAAGGGUGUUGGGGGGGGCUCAACUAGUUGAAUUGAUUCUCUUGUUUUUUGGGGACAACACUAUUACAAUACUUACACUCAACUAUUGUUAAAUAUGCUGUUAAUCUGAACCAGUCAAAUGGAUUGAGGUAUAUUUAGUUUGCUACCCUCUUUAUGCAGUAUUAUACCUCCAGGGUUUUCCUAUUUUAUGAAACAAAUGUUUAUACAUAUUUUAUUAGACUGAAACUUUGUUUGUGCAAAAUAUUGUUCUGGGCUCACUGUGUACCUUUCUCUUCAGCGGAUGGCACUGUGGUUGUUGAUCUCUGUUCAUCCCAUGCUGUGCGCUCUCUCUCUCUAAUGCUUUGUGCUGAAGCGUUUCAAAGUGCACACCAUACACAUUUCCCUGUCUCGGUAGCUGCCUGGCUCCUACCCGUACAGUGUUGGUGCGUUAGCGUCCAUAAUGCUCUCUCAUUGAAUCGAUGCGUUCUAAGAAGAAUAGUGACAUUCACACCUUUUGACAAAUGAGAUUUGUGUCUUUAUCAAUGCAAGCAGGCCCUGGUUUUGGGUUUCUGUUUCGUUUUAAGAGUUUUAUGUCAACGGAAAUGUUUCGAGAGAAGACUGAAAAUUGGUUUUGUAUUCUUUUUUUAUUAUUCAGGGUGUUAACGUUGGCACAGCCGAACCAUAACUGCGAAUAGUAAUGGAUCAUAGCAGGAGUGGUCUAUCACUUUCUCCUGCUUCCACCACGCUGAUUGUGGCACACCUGUUACAUGAUAGCUACAAUAAUUGCGUCAUUGCCUUAAACCAUCCAAAACCAUGUAUUACUUUAUGUAUCGGGGUCCAUGUAAAUGCCCACUGUCAACUGCGGAGGUGGAGUAAGAUGAACCUUCCGUCCACUUUACACACAUUCCUGACCUCCGACCUCGCCCUCAUAUACCCCAUCCAAUGUGUGUUGUAUGUUGAACGCAAGAGUUAGCACGGCCACUUCCUGUUGGUUGGGGGGGAAAAAUGUAAUGCUUAGGAAAAGCACAGGCUUUUUACAAAAUCCUAAACAACAAGAAAAACCUUAAGGGCCUAUAGACCCUGCAAAUGGGCUCCAGCAGAGGUUGUAGAAACCCAUUAAAUUCCUAUUUUCCAGCCGCAUGUAGAUGAUGAUCCCCACUGCGCGCCCUGUGGUUCCACCAGCUGAGGGAUGAUUGGCUCUUGCUCCGGCGACCCUGGGAUCCCGUUCAGCUGCUUCGUCGUGGAAAAAUGUGUCCUUUCUGGAGGGUCAGUGUGUCUCCGUCAAAGUCCAAAACUAAAUAUAGACGCAAACAACCACGGAGCGCCCCCAGCCCCCUCCCCCCCCCGGUUGCCAGGUCUGGGGAGCCGGAGCCGCUUGAUGAAUUGGCUUUGGAAAUGAAUGGAUGAAUUCAGUGCAGCAUAAGGCUUUUCCACACACACACACACACACACACACACACACACACACACACACACACACACACACACACACACACACACACACACACACACACACACACACACACACACACACACACACAAAAAGACACACACACACACACAAAAAGACACAAUAGAAAAAAAAAGUAGCAGGAUUAGACCAUGCUCGGUUUCUGUUCGCCCGGAGGACUUACUGCCAUAAUACUGCUGAGUGUGAUUGAUGGAGAGAAACCGGAAGCUAGAAGAGGAGAAGGAUGAGGAAGGUAGCAUUUUCCAUAGAGAGGCUGGGGCCAAGUGUGAGCUUGCGGUUA